AUGUUCGCGAAUGGGCCUCCGAUAGCAGCAGGGGCUGCUGCUGUGGGCGACGUUGCUGCUGGUCGAUGUUGUUGUUGUUUCGUUGUUGCUUAUUUGGCCGGCGACCACCACGAGAAUAUGUGGUGGUUUGAGCUCCGGUUCCCGUUGCCGGAAAAACGCCAUAACUUCCGGUACUACACAAAACAGUUAGUGGAGGUUUGUGUCGGGAAGCAUUCAUAA